ACGCAAUUUUGCCGAAUUAAAAGAAAAUUUUCACAGAUCGGAGUUAAAAGACCCGCCUUCUUCCCAACUCUCUCUCGCUCUCUCUCUCAGACCCUCCUUGUAUCUUUACUCUGAUCCCAAACCCUCAUUUGUAAUCACUCUUAAUUCUAUCUCUAAAACCCUUAUCAAAGUUCUCUUAGAUCCAGUUCCGCGGUCAAACACUCGCUCAGAGAUCCAGUCUUUUCUGAUCCCUGAUUUAGAGUUGAUCCUGUUCAUCGGAUUUUUUUCAAGAAAUAUAUAUUCUGGGCUUGAUUACUGGAGAUUAAGUGAGUUGAGAUCUUGGUUGGCUUGGUUAAUUGAAAAAUGGCAGCUCCUGUGCCUCCAGGGGCACCUAGGCAACAACCACCUAAUUAUAAUCCUAGUUAUCAGCAGAAUCCCAAUCCAUUAUCUGAUAAUUUGCAAAAUCUGAACCUUAAUCGGCCCCCUUCGAUGCCCAAUUCAGCUCCUAGACCAUCACCAUUUCAACCCCCAUCGUCUCAUUCCUCAGCUCCUUCUCCACCAUUGUCCCGCCCAGGCCCACCGCCUCCCGGUGCAUUCCCUGGACCCUCAGUGCCUCCCUCUGGGUCCCCACCUCCUACAUUGCCACCAAAUGUGGGUCCAGCCAGAUCCGCUGGACCGCCUUUUAGUCAGCCUUCACCUUUUGGGUCCAGACCACCUCCUGCGUCAUUGCCUUCUGCAGGCAGUGGUUUGGUUAUGGGCCCUUCCUCUGGGGCACCAUCUCAUGGAUCACUUGCACCACGGCUUGGUGCUCACCCAAGUCCUAUUCCUUCUUCCACUGCACCUUCUUCAGUACCCCCUUCAGUCUCAUCGGGUGGUUUAGUCAGUAAUGGGCCACCUUUCCUUGGAGGGCCAAGGUUUCCUCCAUCUGGCAAUGCACCACAACAACCACUGGUGGGUCCUCCAAUUGGGGCAGCUCGGGUGCCUCCUCAAGCUUCAAGCAUGCGUCCCUUAAUGGGGAGUUCUGGGAUCAGUGCUCAACAACGAUCUCCAUUUUCAGCGGCACCUCAAGGGCCACCAUCAUCUUCAGCACCACCGCAAGGGAUGCCAUCAUUCUCUGCACCACCGCAAGGGAUGCCAUCAUUCUCUGCACCAUCGCAAGGGAUGCCAUCAUUCUCUGCACCACCGCAAGGGAUGCCAUCAUUCUCUGCACCACCUCAAGGGACGUCACCACCAGUUGGUUUUCCUUUUGGACAACAGAUGCAAACCCAGCAAGUGGCCCCACCUCCAAUUCCUGGUUCUGCACAAUCUCCUCCAAUGUUUGGAAUGCCACCACCGCCGCUACUACCAAAUCAAAUGACAGCUAUAUCUCCUGUUGUUGGACAAUCAGGAGGUUCAUUGGCAGGAUCAUCUAAGAUUGAUCCCAAUCAAAUUCCCCGACCUGUGCCAGGUUCCUCUGUCGUCCUGCAUGAUACUCGUCAGGGAAACCAAGCUAACCCGCCUCCGCCUGCUACAAGUGAUUACAUUGUUAGAGACACUGGGAAUUGCAGUCCACGCUACAUGAGGUGCACAAUCAAUCAGAUCCCAUGUACUGUUGAUCUUCUGACAACUUCCAGCAUGCAACUGGCUUUGUUGGUCCAACCUUUGGCCCUUCCUCAUCCAUCUGAAGAGCCUAUUCAGCUUGUGGAUUUUGGAGAAAGUGGUCCUGUUCGCUGUUCUCGUUGCAAAGGCUACAUAAAUCCUUUCAUGAAGUUCAUUGAUCAAGGAAGGCGGUUCAUCUGUAAUUUGUGCGGAUUUACUGAUGAGACUCCCCGUGAUUAUCACUGCAAUCUGGGACCUGAUGGUAGACGCAGAGAUGCUGAUGAAAGACCUGAGCUAUGCAGGGGAACAGUUGAAUUUGUUGCCACUAAAGAGUACAUGGUGCGUGAUCCCAUGCCAGCUGUGUAUUUCUUCCUUAUUGAUGUAUCCAUGAAUGCAAUACAAACUGGUGCUACUGCUGCAGCUUGCAGUUCAAUCAAUCAAGUUAUUGCUGAUCUUCCAGAAGGACCCAGGACAAUGGUGGGAAUUGGUACAUUUGAUUCUACAAUUCAUUUUUACAAUUUGAAACGUGCAUUACAGCAGCCAUUGAUGCUUAUUGUUCCUGAUAUACAAGAUGUCUAUACUCCUCUGCAAACUGAUGUUAUUGUUCCGCUUUCAGAGUGUCGUCAACAUUUAGAGCUAUUACUAGAAAGUAUUCCAAGCAUGUUCCAGAAUAGUAAAACAGCUGAAUCUGCAUUUGGUGCUGCAAUAAAGGCAGUUUUUUUGGCAAUGAAGAGCUCUGGAGGGAAGCUUUUGGUAUUUCAAUCAGUGUUGCCAUCAGUUGGCAUUGGAGCUCUUUCUGCUAGAGAGGCGGAGGGAAGAAGUAACAGUUCUGCUGGGGAGAAGGAGGCCCACAAAUUGCUUCAACCAGCUGACAAAACUUUGAAGGAAAUGGCAAUUGAAUUUGCUGAGUAUCAGGUCUGUGUUGAUUUAUUUAUCACUACCCAGACAUAUGUGGACAUUGCAUCUAUCUCUGUCAUCCCAAAGACAACUGGAGGACAGGUUUAUUAUUAUUAUCCCUUCUCAGCCCUUUCUGAUCCCGCAAAGCUUUACAAUGAUCUUAGAUGGAAUGUCACAAGGCCUCAAGGUUUUGAGGCAGUGAUGCGUGUAAGAUGCAGUCAGGGUAUUCAAGUUCAACAAUACUAUGGAAACUUUUGUAAGCGCAUUCCAACAGAUGUUGAUCUACCUGGGAUUGAUUGUGAUAAAACUAUAAUGGUGACGUUGAAACAUGAUGAUAAAUUGCAGGAUGGUGCAGAGUGUGCCUUUCAGUGUGCACUUCUUUACACCACGGUGUAUGGCCAGAGAAGAAUUCGCGUCACAACUUUAUCAUUGCCGUGCACAAAUAAUUUAAGUAAUUUGUUCCGCAUGGCUGACUUGGACACUCAAUUUGUAUGCUUCUUGAAGCAAGCGGCAAGUGAAAUUCCUUCUACCCCGCCUAUGAAUGUCCGAGAGCAUAUUACGAACUUUUGUAUAAACAUUCUGCUUUCAUAUCGUAAAUUUUGUGCGACAGUAUCAUCAUCUGGACAGCUUAUUCUUCCGGAAGCACUUAAACUUCUACCUCUAUACACCCUUGCACUGGUUAAAAGCACUGGACUGCGAAUUGAUGGGAGAAUAGAUGAUAGGUCCUUUUGGAUUGGUUAUGUUUCCUCAGCUUCUACCCCUUUGGCAAUUCCACUAGUGCACCCAAGGAUGAUUUCUAUCCAUGACCUUGAUACACAGGAGGGAAAUGAAUCUCUUCCCCCUGCAAUCCCGCUUUCCAGUGAACACGUGAGUGAUGAUGGAAUUUUUCUCCUUGAGAAUGGUCAAGAAGGUUUAAUAUACAUUGGGAGCUCUGUGGAUUCAAGUAUCUUGCAACAGCUAUUUGGCAUUUCCUCCAUUGAUGAAAUCCAGACUCAAUUUGUCCUGCAGCAAUAUGACAAUCCAUUAUCAAAGAAGUUGAAUGAUGUCAUAAAUGAGAUACGACGCAGAAGAUGUUCUUACCUGCGCUUAAAAUUGUGCAAGAAAGGAGAUCCAUCAGGAUUGUUAUUCUUCUCAUAUUUGAUCGAGGACAAAGUUCCAACUGGUGGUCUUUCUUAUGUUGAGUUUCUGGUGCAUGUCCAUCGGCAAAUUCAAAUGAAAAUGUCUUCGUAAUUUUUUGUGCUGCUUCAGCCGAGUCUACAAGUUUUGAGUGGCUUCUGGCUAUGACAGAACUGGAUUUAAAAAAAAAAAAAAAGAAAGAAAGAACAAAGAGUUCUAUGCUUGAAUAUGAUCUCUGGAGACAGCAACACCCAGUAUUUAUUUGUAGAGAACAAAUUUUGCCAAGAGAGUUUGUUAAUAUCAUUCUAUGUGCACAGCGUUAAAUGGUGUAAUAAGAUACAAAGCUUUCAAUGUC